AUGUAGUGGACGGAACUCUUCUUUCAACAGCAGCAACAGUUAGUCAGCCACCUCGGUAGCUUGCUAGACAAAAUAGCCGAAACAAUACAUUACUUUAGAGGCUUUAGUGUAUAUUAGCCACUGUGUUUUAAACCCACUUCUAUCGUCUAGUUAGUUAUCCGAUUUAAUUUCAUAUUUACGGUGUUGUUAUUAUUCAGCUAGCGGGCUGGAUAAGUUAGCAUUAGCCUAGCUAGCUAACAUCUCCGACCAUGCGGUCACUAAGCUACUCUCCUUCUAAUGAAGAGAAGGAUAUCACAGUAAAUCAAGAAGUAGGGAGUGGGGCCGUUACUGUGAAAGAAGAGGAGGACGCGUUCAGAGUGAAAGACGAGGAAGAUAUCACAGUAAAACAAGAAGUAGAGAGUGGGGCCGUUACUGUGAAAGAAGAGGAGGACGCGUUCAGAGUGAAAGAGGAGGAUGAUGUUACAGUGAAAGGAGAGGAAGAUGCAGUUUAUGGCGCGAAAGAGGAAGGGGAGGAGAUGACUGUUACAUCGAAAAAGGAGGAAGAGGAGGAACCUGGAUAUCUGGUUCCGGUUUCCCAGACGCAUCUUAAGUUAUCCAAUGGUCCGAACGAAGAAUUUAGCCUGAAGAUGGUUUUGAGAAACCGUUCCCUGAUUAACACUAGAGAGAGACGUGACUAUCGUGGAUCCUCUGGGGAGCCUCAACAACCUCAUGAUGCUGAGGAGACAGAGAAGAGUCUCUCCAGAUCAGAACACCUCAAUAAACACCCACAGAGACCCACGGGGAAGAGAACUCACUGCUGCUCUGACUGUGGGAAGAGAUUCACAUCAUCAGGCAUUAAAAUUCAUCAGAGAACACACACAGGAGAGAAAUCUUAUAGCUGUGGUCAAUGUUGGAGGAGAUUUAGUUCAUCUGGAGAUCUGACAGUGCACAAGAGAAUACACACAGGAGAGAAAUCUUAUAGCUGUGAUCAAUGUGGGAGGAGUUUUAGUCAAUCUGGCAAUCUGACUCUACACCAGAGAACACACACAGGAGAGAAACCUUAUAGCUGUGGUCAAUGUGGGAAGAGUUUUAGUCAAUCUGGCAGUCUGACUCUACACCAGAGAACACACACAGGAGAGAAACCUUAUAGCUGUGGUCAAUGUGGGAAGAGUUUUAGUCAAUCUGGCAAUCUGACUCUACACCAGAGAACACACACAGGAGAGAAACCUUAUAGCUGUGGUCAAUGUGGGAAGAGUUUUAGUCGAUCUGGAGAUCUGACAGUGCACACAGAAUACACACAGGAGAGAAACCUUAUAGCUGUGGUCAAUGUGGGAAGAGUUUUAGUCGAUCUGGAGAUCUGACAGUGCACAACAGAACACACACAGGAGAGAAACCUUAUAGCUG